UGCACGAUAUGCCUUGAAAUCAUCACAGAACGGGCAGUGGCCACACCCUGCAACCACUUGAGCUUCGACUUUCUAUGUCUAGUAUCAUGGCUACAAGAGCAGUCAACAUGUCCGCUAUGCAAGGCGGAAGUCAAGGAAGUGCACUAUGACUGGCGAAGUCCCCACGACUACAGCACAUACCAUGUCCCACCGAAAGAGUUGAAGGCAUCGACAACUCAAGGACCGCAAAGAAGGCGUAUACCUCUCCGAAGACGAGCGCCGCCUCGAUAUGCUCGCAUACCGCCUCCGAGCGAUGACGUGGAGCGACGUAGACAAGUCUACCGAGACCAGUCAUAUUCUCUCCGCGUUGGCGCAAAUCGUAUAUCCCAAUAUCAAGAUUUCACGGUGCAGGAAUUUGCUACGUCACCAGAACUACAGUCGCGAGCGAAGACAUUUCUACGGAGGGAACUACAAGUCUUUACGUUUCUUGACAGCAAUCCAAGAGCUGGGAAUCGUGGCUUUCUGAUGGAGUAUAUUGUUGCUGUGCUGAAAUCGAAUGAGCUGAAGGGAGCGGAUGGAAAAGCAGAGGAAUUGCUCGCAGACUUCCUCGGGCUUGACAAUACGCGUCUCCUGUUGCAUGAGUUGGAAGCGUGGUUGAGAAGUCCGUAUACGAGGCUGGAGGAUUGGGAUAGGCAUGUACAGUACGCG